CUGCGGCCACGUAUCUGUCUGGGUAAAUAUCGAUCCAUCGCGACGCAAGCACCCAGUCACCAAGCCCUUCAACGGUUGCAUCAGGAAGCCAGCUACAAUCGAGCCGUACAUGAACUGGCCUAUCAGUAUGCGGAACGAAAACAGUUGGCUGCUUGGUACUCGGAUUUAAUUAACGAUCUCUCCGAGAUACAAACGGACGAAAAAAUUGCACCCCUGUUGAAGCAGCUGAUUCCCUAUGCUCAAUUAUCAGCAAGCCAGUUUACUGUAACCCAGUUCCUUCGGGUGCUUCGAACACUGACCGUUUGGGAACUGUGCUCUCCGAUGAUGGCGUCUGCCGUGGAAUUUGUUCGCGGCCGCAUAUUGGAUAUGACGUUAGAAGAACAUGUGGAGUGGUUAAAGAAGUUUGAUUUCUCGUUUAUCAGUCCUUUUGCGGAGUUGGUGAGCAGAAAAAAUACGGACCUACGGAAAGAAGAUCAUGUGUAG